AUGCAAGAAGAGAUAUUUGUUGGUAUUGACUUAGGAACAACAUUUUGUUGUUGUCAUUUCUUUAAUACUCAGACAAACAAAUAUGAAUGUAUCAAUUACUUAAAUGGAAAUUCAACAAUUCCGUCAACUGUUGAUUUUUUCACUCAACCUGUUAGUGUUGGAAUUCCAAAGCCUACUGCCAUUUGUGAAGUAAAAAGGUUUAUUGGAAAGAAAUUUGAUGAUGAACAAGUGCAAGAAGAUAUUAAUAAAAACUAUUUCCCAUAUCAAAUAGUUAAAGCAGAAGAUGGGUAUUGUCUGGUUGUGGUUGACUAUCCUGAUAAAGAAGAAGAACGAGUCGAGCCAGAGGUUGUUUCGGCGAUUGUUUUAAAAGCAAUUAAAAUUGAAAUUCAACGAAGAUUAAAUAUUAAAGACAAUAUAAGUUUAAGAGCUGUUGUUACAGUUCCAGCAUACUUUGACGAUUCACAAAAAGAUCGAACCAAAAAAGCAGUAUUAAUGGCAGGGUUUAGUUUAAUUCGAUUGUUGGCAGAGCCAUCAGCAGCUGCAUAUGCAUAUGGAUUAGAAAGUACAAAAGAUCAAAUGUAUCUUGCAUUUGAUCUUGGAGGAGGAACACUUGAUGUUACUAUAUUAGAAAAGAAAGGAGAAGAAUUUAAGUUUAGAGCGACUGGUGGUGAUGUUCAUUUAGGAGGAUUAGAUUUUGAUAUGAAUUUCAUGGAACUUGUUAUAAGUAAAAUGAAAGAAGUUGAUGAGAAAAAAGCACGAAGAUUUAUUUUGAAAGGAAGUGACAGUCGUUCACAAAAGAAAAUGAAGAAACAACGAAGGUAUCGAUUAAGAAAAGAGGUUGAAAAAGCAAAGAUUGAAUUAUCAGCCAAUUCAUAUUGUGAAUUAGACUUAUCCGAAUUAGUUGAUGAAGAUGAAUUUAUUAUUUCUAUUGAUAGAAGUGAGUUUGAAGAAUGUAAUAAAAAAGAAU